ACGUACGUUUAGGAAUCUAGAAUGAUUACCUAACAUUUAAUUUCCAGCCAGGGGAUGCCAAGGUUGUUAAGCUUAUCAGCAUUGGUGGGAAGAAGGUUAUCAGAGGUGGAAAUGCAAUUGUAGAUGGUGCUAUUGGUAUUGUCCAGCUUGACAUGGUCAUGGAUGUUGUUAAAGCACGGGGAUUUGGAAAUAUAGAUCAGCCUGAGGCCAGUGAUGGUGUCACUGGAGUUAAUUCUGCCUUCACAACUGAAAUAUCACGUGAGAAUUAUGCAAACCUGUAUGGACCAACUACCGGUGACAAGAUACGGCUUGGUGAUACUGAGUUGUAUGCAGAAAUUGAAAGAGACUUUGCUGUUUAUGGUGAUGAAUGUGCAUUUGGUGGUGGAAAAGUUCUACGUGAUGGAAUGGGACAAGCUUCAGGCUAUCCAUCUUCUUCCUGUCUGGAGAUGGUCAUCACAAAUGCAGUAAUCAUUGAUUAUACUGGAAUAUACAAAGCAGAUAUUGGCAUCAAGGGAGGUAUUAUAGUUGAUAUUGGAAAGGCUGGGAACCCUGAUAUUAUGGAUGGUGUACACUCGAGUAUGACUGUGGGGGUGAAUACAGAAGUUAUUGCAGCAGAAGGCAUGAUUAUAACUGCGGGAGGCGUAGACUGUCAUGUGCACUUUAUAUGUCCUCAGCUUGCACAAGAGGCGAUAUCAAGUGGUUAGU